CCCCCCCCCCCCCGCUAUGGGGGUGAAAAACCGAUAGGAGACCUCGGAUGUGACGUGACGCAAGGAAGGGCCUCUCUUGGAAGAGGGGGGCACUCGUUCUUAAAUAUAGCUGGGCCUCCGCGGAGAGGACGAGACUCGUAGUGAUAAGAUAAUUUAACAAUUCUCGCCCCUUGAAUAUCAAACAUGACCAUCUCAAGCGUGGGAAUGGAAGAGGUUCGAGCGGCCGUUGACGUUGCUCUUGAUCAGCUACGGGACUCAUUACGCACGGUAAACCAGGAGAUCUGGUCAAACCCCGAGCUCGCGUACGAAGAACACCAUGCCCACGAUACGAUCUGUACGUUUCUCGAAAGCCAGGGUCUCACCGUUACUCGCCAUGCGUACGGUCUCGCCACCUCUUUCGAAGCAGUGAGCGGAUCGGGCGGGCGUCAGAUCAAUUUCAAUGCCGAGUACGAUGCUUUACCGGGCAUUGGACAUGCCUGCGGGCAUAAUCUCAUCGCCACCAGUAGUAUCGCAGCCUUUCUGGCUCUUUCCUUCGCGUUGAAGAAGUUCGGUCUCCCCGGGCGCACCCAAUUACUGGGCACUCCAGCGGAAGAGAAUGGUGGAGGCAAGGCCGUGCUCAUUGAGGCCGGAGCGUACAAGAACGUGGACAUCUCUCUCAUGGCUCACUCUGGGCCCAAGAAGCUGUUCCCUGAUCAAGAGCCAGCCGACGGAAUUGCAGGUACUCUUAUGAACGCACGCAAGAAUAUCCACUGCGAGUUUAGUGGCAAGAGUGCUCACGCGGGCGGUAACCCAUGGGACGGCAUCAAUGCCUUGGAUGCCCUAGUCACCUCGUACAAUAACGUCGCGGUAUUGCGCCAGCAGCUUUUGCCAGAGCAGCGAAUUCAUUGCGCCUUCAUGGAUACUCCAAAGGUAGCGAAUGUCAUCCCGGCAUAUACAAAGGCCUUCUGGCAAGUGCGGAGUCCCUCACUCAAGGGGCUUAACGGCCUGGUGAGCAAAGUGCGCAACUGUAUCGAGGCGGCCGCACUAGCGACCGGAUGCACCGUAAAGAUCACAGAAGAGGAGCUGUACACCGAUGUGCGGCUAAACGACAUUCUCUGUGAACGGUAUCAAGUUCACAUGGGCCAGUGGGAUCGGAAGGUGCUCAAGCGACACGACAAAGUUUUGACUGCGUCGUCCGAUAUUGGCAAUGUCAGCUACGAGAUACCUACUUUGCAUACUAUGUUCGGAAUUCCCACGCCUCACAACACGUUUCCCCAUCAUCCCGAAUACACCGCCUCCGCGGGCACCGACGAGGCACAUGCCGAGGCAUUGAUCGUAGGCAAGGCCCUGGCCAUGACGGGAUGGGAUAUGAUUACGAAUGACGAGUUGUUCGAGACGGCGCACCGGCAAUGGAAAGAGGAGAUUGAGCGGGAUGGUUGA